CUGUUUAAUUCAGCCCUUACAGUAGUAUCGCUGGCUGUAAAAAUGGAGUACUUACCUAACUUCCUCCGUUUUCCCAACAUUUCCCUUCACUGCUCUGCUCCUAUUGAUCAUAGCGUGAUGAACCUGCCCAGGAGUAUGAAGAAUAAUUGUACCAAGUUUCGUUAAAAUCCGUCGAGUAGUUUUUAUUUCUAUAACGAACAUACAGACAGACAGAGGAAAAUUGUACUGAUUUUUUUUGGUAUCAGUAUCGAUCACUAAUUCUUCAGUCUACUUAAUACUUUGUAGGAUUUUAGUUUUGAAGUUCAUGAUAUUUCCUAUUCUUGCUUUUUUCGUUCCGUUUACCAUUUGACCAUUUAUUAGAUAAAUUUGAUCAUAAUUAGGUAUACCCAGGUACCUGUCUACACAUAUUACCGCCAUUGUACGCCAUUAUAUUAUACACACAUAUAUGGUGUAAUAAUAUACAGAAACACUGAUUCAUUCAUUGCAAAUGUAACUUUGUGAUCCUGUGAAGUUGCUGUAUCUAGAAACCUUAAAUGAUUUAUUUUGUAUGUACCUCGUUGGUGAGGAUUUCAAGAUGAUUUCGAAAUGGUAUAUCAUUGUCAUAUUAAAAACAAACAAUUAGAAAAGCAUUAUUUAUGUGGUGCGACCAGGAUAGGCAGUCGGGUUUCCUAUUUUUUUAAUUAUUUUAUUUAUUUUAGUUUUGUAGCUAUUGUAAAAAGUGGAAUCUCAGUAGCUCAUAAACGUAUCGUAUGUCGAUUGUCACUGAUAUGUUUUGGUCUCCUGAGGAGCGGCGAGACAGUGGACAGUGGCACAUUGCGCCACGGCUCAUGUCCACAGCGGACAGUCUCACGCUCCCGCCGCAGACCCGCGCCGUGUCCCGCGGUACGGCGGUACCCGACGGUAACCCGACGCGGCCGCGGUCGGCGGUGCCGGUGCGCUCCGCACUCCACACAAAAAAUGUGGAGCGACAGUUACAGACGCACGGACGCGCGCCGCAGCACGCCGCGCGACACGGCCGCGGGACGAGCGCGGCACGACACGACGCCGGCGCGACGGCUCGUCGCCUGCUUGCAGCACGAUUAACUCCACUUUAAGUAAACGACAUCUUUUAUAUGGUGUUUAAAGCUAGUGGAUCGGGCAGUGCGUCGUGCAAUAAUUUACUUGCGUCUUACAUGGCGAGAAUCUGGUUAAAGCUGAUGAAAGUAUCAAAAUAUUUGGACCUUGCUCAUGAGAUUACAGCCAUGUGGCGUGUCGAUUCUAUUUCUACAAAUGCCAACGCUUUGGAAACUAUGUAUUGGAAUGGCAGAUCACAGGCCAUAGCAGCUGCGCGCCUGGCGCGCCUGGCAUCACACGUAUUAGUCACGGAAGACUAUUUGAAAAAAAUGUGUAUGUCAUGUAAAAAGUUAAGCGGUCGUUCCGGUAAUGAUCGAUAGUGUUACUUUGUGUGUCUGCCAUCCUUGACACGUAAAGCUUAGAACCUGCCCUGAGGCUACGGCUUCCGUGUAUCAGAUUUAGUCUGUUCCGCCGAUAUAUAUUAAAUUAAUUUCCGUGGAUCUGUAUCGGUGCUAUGCAAUUUUAAUAGCCAGGUAGAAGUGUUACUGUAGGAUCGUACAUUGUGAUUGUGACCGCGACCGGCGACCGAGUAACUCGACGCGGCGCGGGCGGCGGCGUGUGACGGAUGUCAUCCAACAGAUGAAUUCGUCAAUCGUCAACAUUAUACAAAUGACUACAAUCUCACCUGAUGGUAAGUGAUGAUGCAAUCUAAGAUGGAAGCGGGCUAACUUGUUAGGAGGAGGAUUAAAAUCCACACCCCUUUCUACACGACAUCGUACCGGAAUGCUAAAUCGCUUGGCGGUACGUCUUUGUAGAUAGGGUGGUAACUAGCCACGGCCGAAGCCUCCCACCAGCCAAACUUAUGUUUCUAAUUAAUUUUUUUUUUUAAUAAAAUGGGUAUAUUUCAGACCCUUAUCCCAAGUAUAUAUUCCCAUUCCCUUACUAUACGAAAAUAAUAUUGUUUGUAUUAAAUUAUUUAAUAUGAGUCAACUAGCCUAUUUAUUUCGAGAAAAAGAAAAAUAUUUGGUCGCAAUAUGGCCGACAUGGCCGAAUGCUCGAUGGACGCACAACGACAGUGCUGAGGCGCGUUGUGAACAUACUGCUGAAACCCGGCCUGCUAUCGUGAUUGACGCGGCCGAGGUGGAUUACAAUUUAUAAUGUGACGAGUUGCAAGUCGUCGCGCCGGGCAGCGUUUUUAUCCAAAUCUCUCGUUUUGGCAGUCGGCGGAGCGCGGCGCGUCCCCGGCCGCUCCAGCUGACGCCGACCACGCGCUCCGUCGCGAACGUUCCAGUCGCAGCAGUCGGCGACCUGCGAGUAGGUCUGCGACUCGCGGCGACUGCUUCUCUGUAUAUAAGCGCGAUCGUCGAUGCUCUGGAAAGAUACUCGAAAGUCCCCGAAAGCCGCGGGCGCGCUUCGGGCCUCCGCAAUUUUAUCGCCGCGUAUUGCUUUUUGCCGAUGGUUCUGUUGAAAAGCCGAUAAUGGGUCUGGCGAGGCGGCCGCGGCGCCCCAAAUGCGGAGCGCCUUCCGCGAACGGCGCGCUCUCUCCGCGCAGGGCUGCCGCGCCGGUGUCGAGUGCCUGCAUACUGUGCGUCGCAGCGCAUUCCCUGACUGUAUCUCGGUCGCGAUACCACUAUGCGACAGGGACAGACUCUACCAUAGACCUAACAGUAAAAUGGAGUUGACACGACUGCUAUAUGGUGAUAUUUAAGUUAACGAACUUUUAAUUACUGUCCUUUCAUGAGAUUGCUUUGUGAAUUUAUGAGUAAUCUUAGUAGAAUCGUCCGUCGAUUCAACAAUCUAUGGUUUAUUAAAAAGUUGAAGAAUUUGUUUGUUUCGUUGAACGCGCUAAUCUCAGGAACUACUGGUCCGAUUUGAAAAAUUCUUUCUGUGUUAGAUAGCCCAUUUAUCGAGGAAGGUUAUAUAUUAUCCCCGUAUUCCUACGGGAAGGAAAACCACGCGGGUGAAACCGCGCGGCGUCAGCUAGUGUUGGUAUUAAGAACUAGUUUGCGCGCUCAGCCAGCCGUGUGUGACAUAUCGGUACAUUGACGUCAUACGUGCAAACACUCAGCACCCGACGCGACGACGCAGCCCGCUAGCGUGCGCACCGCGCUCGGCCAGGCCGCGCCGGCAGCCCUGCGGCGCUCCGCCGCCCCGCGAGCGCGGCAAAAAGCUUCGCCGAGGUCUUCGUUAACGAGUUUAUCAUUUAGGACGUAAACGCGUCAAUUAAAGCGAGUGAGUUGGAUUGUUUGAUUGUGCCCUCUCACCGUGCGUAAUGAACGCGAGGAGCGGCCUCGGCGGGCCUCGGCGGGCCUCAGCGGGUCUCGGCGGGCCUCGGCGGGCUUCGCGCGAUCUGUGGUGGAGCGGGUGGAGGAGGGCGGACGCCAUGCGCGCGCCAUGCUGCUGCCCGACCAGACGUACGAGGGCGCGUCCACCUGCGCGCGCGCCGCCGCGCUGCUGCGCGCGCACCGCGUGCGCCCCGACUUCUUCUGCGCCAACCGCGCGCCGCGCCGCAGGGCGGCAGCGGACGCGGCGGCGGAGGAGGCGGCGACGCGCCGCCGCUCGCGCCGGGCCCGCGCUCACGCACGAGACGCCUCGUCGUCGAACGAAGCCGUGCACCUGCAGCGGCGCCUGCUGAGCCUCAGCUCGGAGCUGGUCACCCUCCGCAACCACCUGCACGUGGGCGGCGCGCCGGGGCCCGCGCCCGCCGGGCCCGCCGUGCCGCCGCGCGCGCCGCUGCCCGCGCCGCCGCCCGCGCCCGCGCCGCCGCCUGCGCCGCCGCCGCCGCGCGCGCCCGCCGGCGACGUCGACGACCUCAUCCACCUGCGCGGGCCGCUCACUGAGGACGCCGUGGUGCGCGCGCUGCAGGCGCGCUUCCUCAACAACGACUUCUACACGUCCGUGGGGCCCGUGCUGGUGGCGCUCAACCCUUUCACGGACACCGGCAACGCGCUGACGCCGGGCGCGGCGCGCGCGCAGCGGCCCGAGCUGGCGCGGCUGGUGCGCGACGCCGUGCGCCACCAGGCCGACACGGGCGUGCCGCAGGCCAUCGUGCUGUCGGGCGUGUCGGGCUCGGGUAAGACGCACGCGUCCAUGGCGCUGCUGCGGCGCCUGUUCGACGCGGCGGGCGGCGGCGCGGAGACGGACGCCUUCAAGCACCUGGCGGCCGCCUUCACCGUGCUGCGCGCGCUGGGCACGGCGGCCACGCGCGCCAACGCGCACUCCAGCCGCAUCGGCCACUUCAUCGAGCUGCAGGUGACGGACGGCGCGCUGUACCGCACCAAGAUCCACUGCUACUUCCUGGAGCACACGCGCGUGGUGCGGCCGCCGGCGGGCGAGCGCAACUACCACGUGUUCUACCAGCUGCUGGCCGGCCUGGCGCCCGACGAGCGCGCGCAGCUGCAGCUGGAGGGGUACGCCGCGGCCGACCUGCGCUACCUGGCCGCGGGCGCGCCGCGCCGCGCCGAGCCCGAGGACGCGGCGCGCUUCCAGGCGUGGAAGGGCUGCCUGGGCGUGCUGGGCAUCCCCUUCCUCGACGUACUGCGCGUGCUGGCCGCCGUGCUGCUGCUGGGCAACGUGCGCUUCGCCGACGGCGCGGACGGCGCGGCCGAGCCGGCGGGCGAGGCGGAGCUGGCGGCGGCGGGCGCGCUGCUGGGCGUGGGCGCGGCGGCGCUGCUGCGCGGGCUGGGCGCGGCGGGCGGCGCGCGCGCGCGGGCGGCGGGCGUGCGCGCGGCGGCGUGCGCGGCGGCGGCGGGCGGCGCGCGCGAUGCGCUGGCCAAGGCGCUGUACUGCCGCACCGUGGCCACCAUCGUGCGGCGCGCCAACUCGCUCAAGCGCCUCGGCUCCACGCUGGGCACGCUGUCCUCCGACUCCAACGAGUCCGUGCACCAGGACGCCAUGUCGCGGCGCGCGUCCACGGCCGGCAGCGGCGCGCGCGGGCGGGCGGGCGCGCGCUCCAUGGCGGCGCUCAACGACGCCGUGCGCCACGCCACCGACGGCUUCGUGGGCAUCCUCGACAUGUUCGGCUUCGAGGACGCCGCGCCCAGCCGCCUGGAGCACCUGUGCGCCAACCUGUGCGCCGAGACCAUGCAGCACUUCUACAACACGCACGUGUUCAAGUCGGCGCUCGAGUCGUGCCGCGAGGAGGGCGUGGCGGCGCUGGCCGUGGAGUACGUGGACAACGUGCCGUGCAUCGACCUGCUGGCCUCGCUGCGCGGCGGGCUGCUGGCGGCGCUGGACGCCGAGUGCGCGGCGCGCGGCUCGCCCGAGCGGUACGUGGCGCGCGUGCGGGCGGCGCACCGCGCGCACCCGCGCCUGGCCGACGCGCGCCCGCCGCACGCGCGCCGCUUCGCCGUGCGCCACUACGCCGGCGAGGUCACGUACGACGCCGCCGACUUCCUGGACGCCAACCGCGACGCCGUGCCCGACGAGCUGCUGGCCGCCUUCGACGCGCGCGCCUGCGACUUCGGCUUCGCCACGCACCUGUUCGGCGCCGAGCUGAAGGCGCUGGCGGCGGCGGGCGGGCCGGCCGGCGCGCACUUCCGCGCCUCGCCCGCCGCCGGCGCGCCGCGCGCCUCCACGCUCACGCAGGACUUCCACACGCGCCUCGACAACCUGCUGCGCACGCUGGUGCACGCGCGCCCGCACUUCGUGCGCUGCCUGCGCGCCAACGCCAGCGAGGCGCCGCUGCUGUUCGACCGCGCGUGCGUGGCGCGCCAGGUGCGCGCGCUGCAGCUGCUGGAGACCGUGCAGCUCAUGGCGGGCGGCUUCCCGCACCGCAUGCGCUUCCGCGCCUUCGCCGCCCGCUACCGCGCGCUGGCCCGCGGCGCCGAGCGCGACUCGGGCGCGGCGUGCGCGCGCGUGCUGCGCUCCGUGGCCGCCGCCGCCGCGCCGCCCGCCUCGCCCGCCGCCGUGCGCUGGGCGCUGGGCACGCGCCACGUGUUCCUCAGCGAGGGCAUGCGCCAGGCGCUGGAGCGCGUGAGGCGCGCGCGGCGCGAGGCGGCGGCGCGGCGCAUCCAGGCGGCGUGGCGCGCGCGGCGCCGGCCCGCGCCGCCCGCGCCCGCGCCGCCCGCCUGCGACCCGCAGCUCGUCAAGCGCACGUGCUCGCUGUUCGGCCUGGACCUGGAGCGGCCGCCGCCGCUGCCGCCGUCGCGCGCCUACACCGUGGCAGAUGGCGUGAAGCUGGGCUACCCGCAGCAGCGCUGCGUGGCGGCCGACUGGGCCGACGGCGCGCUGCAGCUGCGCGUGGGCGACACGGUGCUGGCGCUGGGCGCGGCGCGGCGCGGGCACGUCACCGUGCAGGUGAGCGGCCGCACGGCGCCCGUGCCGCACGCGGUGCUGGCGCCGCCGCGCGCGCCGCGCCCCGCGCCGCCGCCGCCGCCCGCGCCCGCCUGACCACUGCGCGCGCGCUGCUGGACUUGUACAUAUAGCUGCUAAGUAUUUAUAGCGAGCCCCGCCCGGAGCAGUGUCACCGUGUCGUCAGUGGAGGCGCAAGGUGGCACUCGUGACAUGUGAGUCGUCCGGUGCCAGAGCCCGACAUGUGUCAGCGAAGGGCCGGCACCGCGCGCGGAAUCAUCUAUUAUUUACUUUGUUUUAUUUUGUUUAUAUAAAAUGUAAGUACCGAGCGUCGCGAUACUGUGAUCACAAGACGGGUCGGGGUGGAAACUCGCAGUUAAAGUUAAUGCAAUAUUCGAUACCUUUUUUUUUCGAAAAUCCACGACAGAGUUCUUGAUUUGUAAACAUAUCAUGUAAGAUGAGCUCGCACCGGCCCAGUCGCCGCCGCUGCAGCGCUGCGAGUGCAAACUGCACGAGUGCUGAAUUCAGUGGCGUAACUGUACCUACGACGAAUACAUAGGAUUGGUUAUCCACGAAAAACGGCCACAUUGACAUUUUUUAAAAUGUUAAAAUAUGUACUUACAAGCUCUCGCCUCUCGGGCCGGGGCCGCGUCGGGCCAUUCGUCCUCACGCCACCUUGCCCAAAGAUUUUAUACUAUUAGUUAUGUCACUAGCGCGUCGAGAUUGAGGCGGACAAUGGUGACUGAGAUUGUCUUUAUUUAAUUUAGUCGCAGAGUGCAAACAAACGAAAGUUAUUUAAACAAAUAAUACCUCGAAUGUUGUCCACAAUUAAAAAAAAAAUACAAAAUUGUGCAUGUGAUUUGCGCUCAAUGGAGUAGCUAAAUUCGGAUUACAUUUUGCGGUGAUUUUGUAAGCACGUAAUAUAUCUAAUAGUAUAAAAUCGUUGGCCCUGUCAGCGUGCAGUAGUUACGCCACUACAGUUUUAUCGCAUUUAUUGUAUUAUUUUUAAUUUAAUUUAAAAAAAGAGAACUGAGAACCUGGUUUGCCGGAUAUCGGCCGAGCGUUUCGUCACUUCUUUGUGUCCAAGUAGGUAUAGUGUGCGCUAAACUUGUAGUCCGCUCUGAAGUUGCAACACGCCGAACUCUUAUAUCCCGCUUGGAUAUACUUUUGUACACGAUCAGAAUGCACUUCAAGUUUGGGGCACACUAUACUUAAAAAUCUUGCCCAUCACUGCUGAUAACUUGCUACCUUCUGCUCGAUGUGAAUAUUCAUGUUUAAUAUUAUUACUUAUAUUUAAAACAUAUUUGUAUUUUGUAUUAUUUUUGUGAUAGCGACUACCGAGAUGAAUCGUAUUGAAAUAUGUCGAUUUCCAAGUGCAGGCGCGACGGGCUGUUCGCCGACUCCAAACUCGGUGUUGGGACUGAGAGACUCACUCUAAGACAUUGUAGACUAUCGCUCGACGAGUGACCACUGGCCGCGCAGUGUGCGCCGGCGCAGUCCGCGAGCAGCCCGACUCUGGUACCUUGACUCUAUGUUUGUAACAUUUAGAUGUACGGAAAUAAAAACAUAUUUUUCAAAA